AUGAUAAACAUAUCAGUGUCGGAAUUCAUGAUCAUAUGUAGCAGUGUACUCCUCAUAUGUAAGAAGAUUUAUUCAUCUUCCAUAUAUGUACUUCGUCGUUUCAUUUCUUACCCUAACCGCUCGUUGCAGUCUUGCUACUGACCGAAGUUCUGGAUUGGACCCAAUUAUUUCCGUGGGUGGAGAACGAAUGCAACUUUCCUUCGUUCACAUUCGGUUAUACGGACCGCAAUGGGCCUCACAUGUGGAAAUUGUUAUAUCCUGAUAGUAAUGGUAGCAAUCAGUCGCCAAUCAACAUUAGAACACGACUCGCCGUCGUGGUGCAACCGUCCGAGCCUCUCCGAUGGAAUGGCUACGACAAAAGACCAUUAUCAAUGGCCAUAGCGAAUAAUGGAAAUAACGUGAUAGUAAACACAAUGUGGGGCAACUUGAAUCGACCGUACAUCGAAGGUGGAUGUCUAACUAGCAUUUACGAACUGUACUCGAUGGUGUUUCAUUGGGGGCAGUCGAAUGACGAAGGCAGCGAGCACACUUUAGAUUAUAUUCGAUAUCCUAUGGAGUUACAAGUCUGGCACAUAAAACGUGGCUUCAAUUCACUGUUGGAUGCGAUUGCUGCUAAAGAAAGCGAUGGCAUACUGAUCGUCUCGUUCUUUUUUCAGAUUACAAAUGCGGACAAUUCUUAUUUGGAUCAUAUUAUAACAAAUCUGUGGCGAAUCGUUAAACCAGGGACGAAAGUGCACGUUCCAUCGUUUCCAUUGGUAUGGAUUUUCCCAUAUUUUGAAACGGAUUACUAUACGUAUAAUGGUUCUCUUACUCAACCACCCUGCAGCGAAAUCGUUACGUGGAUCUUGCAGCCUGAACCAAUCGCAAUAUCAUCGUCUCAAGUAAAACUUGCAACAAUUAUUAAUCAAAUACAUGUCUAUAUUAUUUAAUAUAUACAUAUUAAUCUUUGCUUAAUAGGUUGCACAAUUUCGACAAAUUUGCUCAUCAGAUGGUCCUAUUUUGCUAAACUGUAGACCUGUUCAACGAGUGAACGAACGUAAC